AUUUAGUGAAAAAGACCAAAGCAACGACAGUAAAUACAGUAUCACAGUUUAUAAAUGGAGGACCCUCCCCCCGCCUCGAAUGUCAUGGGUGUAAUUCACACACACAAUUGAUUGUUUAAAGGGGAUUAGCCAUAUAUGGAUAAUGAAUAUAUGAUACGGAAACAUGAUAUAUGGCUGUUUUGGCCUAUAUCUCCGUAGGCAUUAAAAUCAACCCGGUAGUUGCGGUGACUCCGUAUAGUGGCCUUCAUUAGCAAAAACCGGGCAAUUAUGGUUCUCCGCAAUCAAUGGGGGAAUCAGGCUUCAUGUGAUCCGGACUAAAGCGGAUUAGACCAGAAUAUUUGUUUUCGGUCAUCCAGGUUCAAAUUGUGAGAAGCAGUCUCCUAAUAUUUUUGAAUGAUUUAUGCGCUCAACGAUAUCUAUUUCGUCCUGCAGAAUGAGUAUGAUAAUGCUGCACGUUUUUUAUUAGAAAUACAUCCAUAUUUGUCCAAGAUAGCAUCAGAGCAUUUUGGUUUGAGUUGACACCACUACAACAAGGUAAAUAACCCUGUUAUUGAGAUAUAUUUGCGACAAUGUCGGAUAUUCUUUGAAAAUUGGACACAAGCAAUGGAAAGAAGCCGUACAGAAAAUUGUAAAGAUCCCCUUUCUAUCAAUUUCUUAUUUACGCCUUUUGGCUCCACCCCUGCAACUUCUGUCAGCUGCUAUGUGGCAAGUUGUGCAGAAAGGACCUGUCAUGCAUUAUGGGAUGCUGGAGGAGUUUGUCACCUCGGUGACAGAGAUGGUUCCAGAGCUGCUGAGUUACCGGCAGAGGGCCCAACUCAUCCUGGGACUGAGAGCCAGGCUGGUUCUGGAGUUGUGUCGUGGUGAUCACCAAGUCAACCCUGAGACCAUCCAGCCCCACCUGGACAGAAUCAAAGCUUCCAUCACUACACCCAGGGACCACUGUGUGGUGUCAUGGCUUGAUGGGGCCUCCUCAGUUCUGGAUGAGUGUUUGCAAUCUGCGACUCCGCCAGAGGAGAUGAAGGCUUUAAUUGAACAUCACAGAAAUCUUGGACACAUUGAUGUAAAAGACACUUGGUCUUUACCUAUGGACGACUGCAUCCUCUUCUCUCUGUCCUUCCCUCCAUUCAUGAAACUGGGGACUACUGCUAACAAACAUACUCAAAUACACUCUGAUCGCCUGCAAGAGGCCACACCAAUCUCAAGCCAUCCAAAUAAAGAAGAGAUUAUUGAGAUUCCCAUUGACCAGCCAAAUCUGGGGACUGGUAAGAGGAGGAUAUCUGAGAGAACAAGACAGAAGCGAAAUGAACAGAGGGACAGAAUUGAAACGGAUGAAAUUGUGAAGGAUGGAACGUCAUUUUCAGCCAAUGAGAGUAGGAGAGGGCAGACUCUGUCCUGGAAGAGGAAAAUGAGCAACAGUUCAGAGGUUCCCCAGAAACGGCAAGCAGAUUCACCUCUGUUUCAGGAUUCUCCAGUGAAUAUCAAAUAUUCUAGUGAAUCUCCUCUCAUCUCGAUAUGGGGAGAAUACACAGGUGUGGAAUUUGAAAUACAGUACAUGGUAAAAGAAAAUGCAUGACAGUUUCACUUACCCUUUUGUG